AUGUUCUUUUGGAUUGUAUUGAUUAGUACAUCUAAUGUCUCCGAUUCUAAUAUAAAUUACUCAAAUAACCGAUUUUAUAGUAACUUAUAUGACGUUAUUAGGACAUCAGAGGAUACACAACAAAAUACAAUAUUUGGAAACUUACUAUGCAAUGAAAAAAUGCAAACAGAAGAAGGGGAAGAUUCUGGACGUGAUAAAAGUACUAAUAAACUUAAUUUAGAUAGCGAUCUUACAUAUGAUCAACAUACUUGUGAAACAGAAAAUCUAGCUUUAACGCCAAGCAAAGAUAGUGAAGAACUAUCUCAACAUCCGGAAAGCACAAAUUCUCUUAAUCAGGAUUAUUUGAUAUUGGACAUAAGUGCAUAUACUCCUCAGCACUGGAAUAAUGGCUUUUGUGCUACAGAUGCUUUUCAUACCAACAGAGUUGAAAAAAAAUUGUCUUCGAUUAAUAAUAAUCAUAAUCCUGCACAAACUAACGUGCAUUCUGAUUCAUGUUUGCUUGGGCAAAUGGAAAGUAUUCGAGUUGAUCAAGAGAAUGAAUCAUUUAUUGCACAACCAAAUGCUGAUUGUACUGAUUACUACACAGAAUUUAAUAAUCAAAAUACUAACGACCCGGAUUUUAAAAAUAAUUUGUAUAAAGAAAAUGACAAUUAUAUUAUAAGGAAGUCUAGUGAAUAUGAUGAAAAAAAAGUUUUUUUUCAAGAGUUUGAUUUUGAAAAUGAUAAUAAUAAUUUAGUAGAUUCCAAUUUUAAACAUUGUGGUCUUGAUAAACAUACAGAUGUACAAAAAAAAGAAAUUAACGAAUAUAGUAAUAUCAGUAAUACAAAAUCUUUAAAUAAUGAUAAUUUGAUUGCAAAUAAUACAAAAGAGCAUGAAAAAGGAAAUGCAGAUUUUGCCGUAGAUUGUUAUUCCUCCAAAAACUUUUCAUCUGAUGAUAUAAACAUUGAGAUUUUUGAUAUUUUGAUUGAAAAUAAAAAGAUGUUACAAAAACUUAAAGAUAAGUUUUUUUUCUAA